UCGGGUGUUAACAGUACAAAAAACAGAAAGAAACAUCGGAAAGAAGUCUGAAUUCUUAAUCUUUGACAUUAAUUUGGCGUUGUUUCCAAAAAUACGCGAGUUGAAAAUUUUUACUCCCGCCGCGAAUGCACAAUAAGUGUAGAACAGCAGAAUCUAAAUUAUUUUCUCUUUUAUAUUGUUAAGUUCCUAAACAUUAUUAGUACUGUUUUUAGUACUGUUUUACACAAUUUGCUGUUUUUAAUUUAAUAACAUCCUUCUUGAGCAUCGUAAUAUUAUUCGUGUUUAGACCUAUUCGUGUACUUGCUUAGGUAUCGGCCGAUAGCCGAUUACUUUAUGAUUUGCCGCGUAAAUCUCUCAUUCGUUUUUCGUAUUCUUUAUUAUCCCGUUUCGAAUACCUGCUUCGUGAUAAGCAAUUAUUCGGUCCGUAAUAAGCAUGCCAUUAGUUGAAUGCAAUAAUUGAGGUGACGCUUGAAUCAUGGGCUGUUUUACCGAUGCGCAAUUCGGAGUUUGGCCUCGCUAUCUAUCGGCAAGUAAUGGAAACUAGACAACAAAAUUUAUUGAGUAGUUUCCGCCAUUUUUGUAUAGAUAGUGCUAGUAUCGAAUUUAAAAAUAUUUAAUUUAUGGCGGUCUUUUUAAAGUACAAGUCGAACUGAUUUUGACUGAUCGAAUUUAAGAUUAUUUUUUCAUUGGCAACUUAAUUUUGCAAUUACAAAUUCAAGACCCCUCGGAAAUAAAAGCAUAUUCAGCCUUGUUGGAUCUGUAGUCACUGCUGAAGCAUAAGACUGUAGAGCCAUGUAGAACUAACCUAAAUUUACUAAAUAAAUACAAACCCAAAGAGUGUGCGUGAAUUUAAAAUCUACUUUGUUGAGAUUAAUAUGUAUAAUUUAUAUAAUUAUAAAUAUAUAUAUGUGACAUAUGCGUUUUUAAUAGUUUUUAUUAAAUUUAUGGAAUUGAUUUCCAUUAACUGACAAAUAUUUAAUACAACACGUGGAUUAUAUAGCUUCAUCUUGCAAGUAAAUAAAAUUCAGAUUAUGUGUUUAUAAUUAAUGUGUAAAAGUUACUGUUAAAAUGGCACGCGGUAAAAGACCGAUACGAGGUGGGAAAAGAAAGUUUGAUAGACAUGAUAAUCGACCAAAAUCAAAAAGAGGUAAAUUUAACCUAAAAAGGAAACCGUACAUUCAACAACGUGAUACUCAAAACGAAGAAAUUGAAAAUCGCAGAAAAAUACUGGAGGAGAAAAAAUUACGACAACGAGAAUUAGAAGGUGAUAGUUCAGAUAAUGAGCAAGUAAAUCCUAUGCAAGAUUUGUUAUCCACAUUUUCAAAUACUAAUAAUCUUCAAGAAACUGCUAUUGAAUCUGACUCAGAAAGCGAUGCUUUUGAUAAUGAAGCUGACAUAGAAGCAAAAAGUGACAUUAAUAAGGAUUCAGUAUCACCUUCUGAUAAUUCAGAUGCUGAAGAGAAAUUAUCAAGGGAUGAUGAAGAGAUUAAGGCAAAGGAGUCUGAUGAAGAAGAUCCUGAAACUGCUCAAGAGGAUGCUGGUUAUUUAAAAGAUCUAUUUUCAAUUCAUUUUCAUGAUGAUUUAAGUGAUAAGCAUUAUGAAGCAGUUUCUAGUGUUCCUCAGAUUAUGGAAACACGCAAUGUAGCAUGGCCAAUUCUAGGAAAUCUUAUAUGUCAAAUUCCAAAGCCUAAGGAAGUAGAACAUGUCAUAUCCGAUAAACCUAAAGUUUCUAUUUUAGAAAAUAAACAAUUUGCAAGGUAUGGCAUUGUUCCUUCCUUAAUUGAAACUGUAGAUUGGAAUACAUUGUACAUAAAAUCUCAAAUUCAUGGUAAUAUUACAAGAGCAAAUUAUGCAAAUAUAAAGGAUAAUGUGAACACUGAUCCAUCUCCUCUGACUCCCUUGCAGAGGGAGUUAUUUUCAGUGAUAAAUAAUUAUCAAGACUUGUAUUAUCCUGAAAAAACAUUUUCCAAUGCUGAUCAAAUAAGAUUUAUAUAUUGUUUACAUGCAGUUAACCACAUAUUAAAAACCAGAGUAAAAAUAUUACAUCAUAAUGCAAAAAUAACUAAAUCAAAGGGUAAGAGUAUUGCAGAAAUUUCAGAAGAAUAUAGAGAUCAAGGGCUAGUAAGGCCAAAAGUUUUGAUAAUAGUUCCUUUUAGACAUUCCUGUCUAAAAAUUGUUGAACUCUUAAUAUCUAUUUUAAUUGGAGAAGAUAAAGGUGGCUCUGUGAUGAAUAAAAAGAGAUUCAUGGAAGACUUUAGUGGCAAUGAAUUAGCAAUGCCAAAAAAGAAGCCAAAACCGGAGGAUUAUGAAUUAACAUUUCAAGGAAACAUAGAUGAUACCUUUAAAAUUGGAAUUUCUGUUACGAAAAGAACAUUGAAAUUGUAUUCCGAAUUUUAUUCUUCCGACAUAAUAAUUUCAUCCCUAUUGGGAUUAAGGAUGUUAAUAGGCGCAGAAGGUGAAGCAGAAAGAGAUUACGAUUUUUUGGCAUCCAUAGAAUUAUUAAUUCUAGACCAGGCAGAAAUAUUUUUAAUGCAAAACUGGGAUCACAUGAUCCACGUGUUAAAUCAUUUGCAUUUGCAACCAAAAGAUUUUCAUAAAACAGACUUCUCUAGAGUAAGAAGUUGGUGCGUAAACGGGUGGGCUAAAUACUAUAGACAAACAUUAAUAUUUUCAAGUAUUCACGUGCCUGAAAUAUAUGGAAUAUUUAAUAAGAAAUGUUAUAAUUAUGGUGGAAAAGUAAAGGUAAUAAAUCCUGUUGUUUCUGGAUCCAUUUGCCAAGUGAUUGUACAAGUUCCACAAGUAUUUCAUAGGUUUGAAGCUUCAAGUCACUCUGAAGCCUUGGAACAGAGAAUGGAAUUUUUCGUUUCAAAAAUACUUCCCCAAUACAAAGAUAAAAUUAUGAAUCAUACAUUAAUUUUUGUGCCAUCUUACUUUGAUUUUGUAAAGCUGAGAAAUUAUCUUAAGAAAGAAGAUUAUAGCUUUGUACAAAUUUGCGAAUAUACCAAAGAUGGAAAAAUAUCGAGAGCAAGAGAUUUGUUCUUUCAUAGCGAGGCACAAUUUCUUCUCUAUUCGGAACGAUUUCAUUUUUUCCGUAGAAUUAGAGUGAAAGGUAUAAGGCACAUUAUAUUUUAUGCACCACCGGUCAUGCCUAAGUUUUAUACCGAGAUGUGUAACUUUAUGCAAGAAGCUAAUCAAAAUCCGCGAGCAGGUUCCGAAAGUAACAUGACUGUGACUAUUUUGUAUUGUAAAUACGACAUAAUGCAGCUUUCUGCAAUAGUAGGUACAGAAAGAGCAAAUAAAAUGCUUGGAUCAGAAAGAUCUGUUCACAUGCUUAUGACUGGGGAAUAAAAAUAUGAAAAAAGAAACUUGUUAAUCGUAUAAGUAUUCACUGUGCAUUGUAACAUGUGUAAAAUGAAUAACUAUUGGAAUCUGUAACACAUAUAAUUGAUAACUAGAAAUAUUAUUAUACUUGUAUA